AUGUCCGGCUACGAUCAGUACAACCAGGGCCACGGCCAGCAGGGUUAUGGCCAGCAAGGUUACGGCCAGCAGCAAGGCUACGGUGGCCAACAAGGUUACGGCCAGCAGGGUUAUGACCAGCAACAGCAAUAUGGCCAGCACCAACAGGGCUAUGGCCAGCAGGGCUACGGCCAACAGCAGGGUGGUUCCUCUGACUACUACGCCGGCCAGCAACACCAGCAGCAGGGCUAUGGCCAGCAGCAGGGUGGGUCCUCUGACUACUACGCCGGCCAGCAACACCAACAGCAAGGAUACGGCCAGCACGAUCAGAACCGCCAGAGCGGCUAUGAGCAGCAGGGUGCCCCCGGUGAAGCCCAGGAGGGCGAGCGUGGUCUUGCCGGUGCCCUCGCCGGCGGUGCUGCCGGUGGCUUCGCUGGCCACAAGGUCAACCACGGUUUCCUAGGAACAAUCGGUGGAGCUAUCAUUGGUAGCAUCGCCGAAGACGCCGUCAAGAAGCACCGCAAGAGCAACAGCCAGUCCCCUCCUCAGUACGGUGGCCCCUCUCCCAACGGUCCCUACGGCGGCCCUCCUUCCAACAAUGGCAGCAGCCCUUCCAUGAUGGAUCAGCUCGGUGGCUACUUCAAGAAAUAG